AAUGCACUAUGCCAGCCUUUUUAUUUUAUUUUUUCUCGGGUUGCUUUGGCACUGAAUAGUUUUCGGUUCGGUGUGUCUCAGUUCGUCGUUGUCACUCGGACCGUUCGGAGCAUCAGCCUGCACCGUACGCGGCCAAUCUAGCAACCAUCCGACGGCGUGGUCCAAAAGUUCGACACCACAGAAGAACGGGAAAUCGACGCGCGGGAGGAGGACAACAAACCACCCACCGACCUUCAAAAUCCAUGCUUCAUCCUCCAUCCUCCAUCAUCAUCGUCAUCGUCAUCGCCGCCGUCGGAGCCAUCGAGCGCGUCUCGUGUUGUAGUCCGAAUCGUGUGUGUGUGUGUGUAUGCCUCGAAGCGGGUUGCCGAGAUUCUCGGGCUCGCGCGUUCUAGUCUACUAACAGUGCCUUUUUCGUCGUUCACCGGAAUGGUAGUGCCAGAGAAGUGCCACCACCAGCAUUGAGUCGAAGAAGGGCUUUCUGCCCACCGACGCGACGCCCGUUUGCCAAAUGUAAACAUACCGUGGUCGCGCGCGCUUGUGAGUUCGUUCGUUCGUUCGUUCGGUGUGCAUUAUUACGCGAAGGAUCCUAGCGCCUUCCCCGGAAAUAAGUGCUAAAACAGAAGAGCAGCAGCGUGCCGUGCACUGUGCGGUCCCAACGGCCAAAUUCGUGGAUUACUGUUAAUUCCGGGUGCCUAUAAAAUGUUGAUUUCAUCAAUGUGGUGUCUUGGAGAAUGGGAGGGAGUUGCGAUUUUGGUCGCUGACCGGACAUUACUUUCCUCGAUUUCCCUUUAAACCGUCAGCCUGAGCUACGUGUCCUUCCAAAAGCCACUGCGACGACGCUAGGAAGAAGAAAUAACCGUGUGAAAAACCCUCUCUCUCGAGUGGGGCAUUGAGUCGAAGUGUAUCGUAAAAGCACAAUAGAUUAUGUUAAUGUUGAUCCCCUUUGCCUUCGGUCGAGUUCGUGUACAUCAAAUCAACAACGGGAGUGCUGUGUCAAACCGCUCGGAAAAUCAGUGCCAUAUACAACUAGUCAAGUAAGGAAUUGGAAAUCUUUCCCAAAAUGAAGAAAAGUGUCAAUAGUCUGUCACCGAUAUCGCCGCUGCCGAACACCCCUCCCCCAGUGCGGACUUCCCCGGUGGGGUCAACCUCGCCGAAGCUCUCGCCUGCCGGUUCGGUGUUCCUGUCCAACUCAGCCUCCCGCCCUACCCUGAGUAUCAACAAUUCCAGCAAUCGCUGCAGUAGCCUUCUGGACGCGGACGACAUCACUCCGAUCACCUCCCCGCUGCCAAACAUCCUCUGUCCCCAGGAAAUCUACACCAUCUUCAGCCGGACCGAUGAUCCGGAUGCCGGCUCGACCAACCUCCCGGCGGAGUCAUCCCGCCUGUCGGCGAACAAUCACCGGAACUCAAUAUUCCUGGCCAAUGCCAACAUUGCUAACGGUAACAAUAAUCCAAGUGCCAGCAGUAAGUCCCGUUCGCGGCGAUCUUCGGAACUGUCGCAAAACAUUCGCAGCGACCGGUCGGCGUCGGCUUCGAUGAAGUCGCACAGUUCGUCCGCCGGCAGGAAGCGCAGCUCGACGCACAUAGAGAUGAACGCCAACCUCGAACGGCCCCGGUGCCUCAAGUCGUCCUUCCUCCGACGGAAGUGUAAGGAGUAUGCAGGUGAGUUGCGAUUGACCGGGGAUGUUUGUAGAUUAAUUCAAAAAGGUGAGUGCAAAUAG